UGGCAUUUGUAAUAAAAAAUAUGUCCAAACAAUAUGGUCUCAUCAUUCCCGGGCAGCAAAAGAGGCAAGUUGCUCUUCCAGCAGCAACGCAGCCAAUAUCUAAGCCAUCCAUAUUCGAUGAAAGUUCUUCGGAUGACGAUAGUAAGCCACAGUUUAAACCAAGAAGCAGUACUGUGCAAGGACCCAGCUUAAUGGAACGUCGAAUUGCGCGCACAAUGCAGGAGAAGGCAUUGAAAGAGGAUCCCACGGUUUUCCAGUAUGACGAGCUGUACGACGAAAUGGAAACUAAACGAGAACAGGAGGAAGAAGUUAAAAGCAAGACACCGAAAAAACCUAAGUAUAUAGGACGUUUAAUGGAAUUCGCCGAGCGUCGUAAAUUGGAAAACGAAUUACGUAUGGAAAGGCAAGUACAAAAGGAGCGUGAACAAGAGGGCGAACAAUUCAAAGACAAAGAAAGUUUUGUAACAGCUACUUAUCGCAAGAAAUUGGAAGAAAUGCGUAAGUUACAGGAGCAGGAAGAGCGUGACGAGUACUUAGAAGCUAUUGGUGAUGUAACGAAGCAAAAAGACUUAGAUGGUUUCUAUCGGCAUUUGUUUGAGCAAAAAACUGGUACUGCAAAGGAGGUGAAGAAACCCAAUUUUCCUGCUAUUACCUCACCAGUGGGUGAAGAAGAUGUCGCAUAUAAACCCAUAAAAUCAGGCAAGGUGCCGCAGCAACGCGCUUAUCGUAAACGCCGUUCUUCAAAUGAUCUUGAGGAAGAAGAGGCAGCGGCAGACGCAGAAGCUAAAAAAGUGCACUUGCCAAAUAAUAUCGAUGCAGAUUCCGACUUCAGCAUAGAUUCUUCUACGGAUGAUGAAGACGACGAAAAGAAAGGCAGAAAUGCGAAAUCUGCUGAGAAGGUAAACAAAGUUGCGACGGAUGGUGGUGCCAGCUCAGUAUCUUUGAAUAUCGAUGGGUUAAAGAAAGAAACAUCAGAUGAAAAUAAAGUAGAAGAUCCAAAGAAUGAACCUCAAAUAGCUCCGUCAAUAGUUCCUGAGAGCAGUGAGUGUAUUGAUGAGAAGCCCAAAGUUAAAAAGGAUAAAAAUGCGAUAUGGAAAAAGCGCACUGUGGGAGAAGUUUUCGAGGCUGCCUUACAACGUUAUUAUGAGCGGCGUGCAGCUAGGAGUGCGUAAAUACGUAGAUACAUAUAUUAACUAGAAAUGAUAAUAAGAGUAGUCAAGAUUUUAAUGAAUUCACACCUAUUAUAUAGAUAUAUAUGUAUAUGUCU